AUGCCUUCUUCACAGACUGAUGUGCCUGUACCACCUUCUGCUGCACAAUCAGCACCUACAGCUCCUGCAUCAAUGCCUUCUGUACAGAAAGAAGCACCUGUUCCUAGCUACUUGCAAGAUAUCAGCCGCUGGAACUGCUCUCUUCAACAAAGAAUUUGGAUGAAGACAGAGAUGGAAUCCAUGGGGCUCUGGCCAGGAUCACACCCAGUAAGACACCUCAUGAAUAUGGUCUCCUUAUGGCGCUAUCCACCUCAGCCUGAGCUUAAAGAGACAAACACUGGCCUUCCAUCACCCAAAUACUUCCAACUCCAUCCCUUUUUCAUUUGGAAACCUGAGCACAGUAUAAUGGAAAGGCUUAGGAACAAUUACAUCCUGCCUUGUCUUUACAGAUGUCAAAAUCCAAACGUUGUGUCCUCUGGUGUGGGAAGACCCAGAGUGAUCCUUGGUAUUACUGGGCAAUUUUACAUCCUUGCUUCACGUCUGUGUUGUAAGGCAUGCAAAAGAUACUGGUUUGCUGAUAAACCUCAGUGGCCGGACAUUCUACCACAGCGAUUCAGAAACAUCUUGCCAGCCUUCCUCACCCAUAAGAAGGCAAUCUGUAAAACAGUGAUGGAUGAACUGAGGCGCUCUGGAAAAUCCCCUAAUGACAUGGCCAACCAGCUGUCUGAGGUGCUUCACCUUAAAUUUGAAAGAGCACAUCUGGCUUACCUUCUCAGUGUGCAGAAUGUCAGGGAUGCUGAAGCAGGGCUGUAUGGUCAGAAAACCAUCACUGGGGCACUGAGGAAGGAUGACACACCUGCACCGUUUGGGGAUUACGGAGACACUGAUGGGUGGAAUGGGGUGUCUGUCUCUGCGCACUAUUUAAUAGAGUGCCUCCUUCAUGAAUAUCAGCGGCAGGAAGCAGCUCUCACUCAGCUCCUACAAGGCACUUUUGGACAGGUGUUCAGGUCAGAUCACACACGCAAAGUUGCUAGAAAAGUGACCCUCUUAUCUGGCACGAUGUCAUCCUAUGCUGUGAUGAAUGAGAACUGGAUGAUUCUGUCCCGGGUGAUGCUGCAGAGUGAAAGUGAGCAGUCAUUGGAGUCAAUGUACUGUGGGCUAUCAAAUCGCUACAGUGCUGCUGGUAUUCCCAAAGCCAAGUACCAGUGGGUGGACAGGGACUGCUGUGCCGCUUUCAGAGUGAUGGACCCAGGACCUUAUGAGCACCAGCAGUGGGAAGCCUGGAGGACCACAGAAGCUACUGUGGCAGAGGUUACAUCAGGAAACCUCAAGAAUUUACAUGCCGCUUGCAGGAAGUUCAACGAGGACAUGGUUGUUAAACUGGACUUGUUUCACUUUAUGCGGCGGUUCACCAGGGAGUGUGUUUCGGAGCACCAUCCUCUGUAUGGCUUUUUCUGCCAGUUCAUCUCUUCUGCCUUCUCUGUAGUUGAUCAGGGUGACCUGGAGAAACUGAAGAACGCAUACAGAUUAUGUGGUAUCGAGCCUGCUAAUCCCACCAAGCUGCACAUCAGAGAGCAUUGUAGGACAAAAGUGCCACAUCCCAGAGAGCUGGUUCAAAGGGUGGAAGAAGUGUUACACCAUUUCUAUCUGGCAAAGGAUCCCAACAACAUCUUCCUUUUCAAACCCUCAAUGUUAAAAUUAUGGUGGAUUCAGCGUAUCCACAUCCUUAGAGGCUGCCUGAGUGAUCCUGAGGUGGAGGAAGGAAUCCUCUACAGAUAUGGUGGGACCCUACAGCUGAAUCAUGUCAAGGGUGAUGGAGCUGCUGUGCCCAUUUGGAUCCCUGUGAGAGGCACUUCACAGCAGGAGGGGUUUCAUUUCCACCAGGCUCAGUGGGUAACUGGCAAUCGUGUCUCUACUGAGUUGUUCCAGGCACAGGGUAUGACUGGUGUGGCACGCUGGAAUUAUCAGUGGCUGGUGGACCUGAAGCAGCCUGGGGUUGUCUUACCUGGAGUGUUUGACCCUGUUUUGAUGAUAGAGUUAAACAGGGCAUCUAUAAAAGUGACAGGGCAACCCAAAUAUCCAGCCUUGCACAUCUCCAGCAGGGACACAGGAGAGAGGUUUGGCCUGCAAUAUGUGGAGCCAGGUUGUCGACCUGUGCCUCUUGACUUUGACAAGCACAAAAGCAGGAAGACAGACCUAGGAGAUGUGGAGAUGCAAGAGGAGUCUUCAUCUGGCGUUCCGUUCUCAUUCCCAUCUCAGGAAUGCUUAAAGGAUACCUCUUCUGCUGAGACCCCUCUUGCUGCAGAACCAGAGGCUACCUCACAGGCUGUCAUUUUUCACCAGUUUCCUACACCAAGUGCUGUGACAGUGAAGGAACAAACAUCAGAGGAGUGUCUUUUAGUUGGAGAACUCCCAAGCACAUCACCACUGCCUGUAGCUGCUUCUCCCUGUUCUGCUCGCACUGGACCUAUUAAGACCGGUGGCCGAGUUUUUGUGUUAAACCAUAAUAGAUGGACGGAUCCAAUGAGAAAUAUCAUUGAUGGUCUGCUGGCCAAGCAUCAUGGGAGCAAGGAUCUCCUUACAAAGGUUGAUGCUGAAUAUGCUGCUAUGGUACAGAGUGCCUGUACUGACCCCAACAGCCUUCUGCAUUCCACCACAAAGCAGCACAUAAGCAGUUACAUAAAACACCUUGCUAAAAAAAAGAACACUAAUGCUUGUCUCAAUACCAGCCCAGAAAAUCUCUUGGAGACACAGCAGUUAUGGCAGCGUCUUCACUCAGGCAGUGAAACAAUCAGUGUCCCAGUGACAGUACUGGCACCUGCCCCAGUCAAUCCACCUGCAAAGGCUGUUCCUGAGGCUGUCCCUCUGGACCAGACAGCAUUCGAGAAGAUGGUGAAGGACAUCAUAGAGAAGCAGCAGGCAGUUCAGCAGCAACAACAAUUGCAGGUGCUGCAAUAA